AAAUGAAGGUCGUGUGUUCUCGGUAACGUGCAUUUUUCCGCUUUUGCGUGUUUGACAUUCGCCAAUUUUCAAAGGAGUUUGUAUAUAUAUAUAUAUAUGCAAUAUUAUUUGGUAUCAAAUACGUAUAACAUACUUAUAUUGCUAUACUACAGAGACGCUCUUUACGCUAUAUUGUAAGUAAUAAACUAGAAAUCUCGAGAAGUUUUGUCGCAACAGUCGAUGCUAGAUAAAUGGAAAUAAAAACAUGAAUGCAUACAGAAAAUUCCAAAAAAGUUUGAUGUGCUGUAACUGUCUCCCACAAAGAUGGAUCCUCUGUGUAAUGUCAUUCUUUGGAACCUUUACUGUGUAUUCGCUGAGAGUGAACUUGAGCUCAGCGAUUGUCAGUAUGGUUGACUACGAGAAACUUCGAGCGAUUCGAAGUCCACUAAACAAUUCUAGUUCAAGUGGCGCUACACAAAGCUUCAACUACUCAGUACCAAAAUGCGAGAAUGUUUUCGCUAAAAAUGCAACAGAGCCUGCAGCCGAUGGAUGGGAAGGUGAAAAGUUUUUAUGGGAUGGAAACAUGCAGGGACUGGCGCUGGGGUCAUAUUUUUACGGAUACGUAUGUUCACAGACAUUUGGUACCUGGAUUGCAAGAAAGCUUGGCCGUGUUCGCGUGUUUGGAUUUUGUAUUCUUUCUGCAUCAGUGUUUACAAUUAUUCUCCCAUUUGCAACUCAGAUUGGAUUUCCGGUUUUUGUGGCCACUAGAAUCCUGAUUGGCUUUUUUUCGGGCGUUUCAUACCCGAUCCUUCAAGCAAUGUGGACGGUGUGGGCACCAUCGUCUGAGAGAAGCAAGUUUUUAUCGAUACAAUAUGCUGGAGGACCUUUCGGUAAUAUUAUUGUUUGGCCUAUCGCUGGUCUCUUGCAAACAAAUUUUGGAUGGGAAUCAGUAUUUUACAUUACAGGAAUAAUAGGAUGCAUCUGGUUUAUUUUCUGGUGGGUACUCAUAUAUGAUUCUCCAGCUGAACAUCCGUUUAUUUCUGAAGAAGAAAAACGCUACAUUCAGGAUUCACUAGGAUACACAGGGAAUGAUGAAUCAAUUAAUCAACGAACUAGAGCGGUGCCAUGGAAAACAUUGCUGGGAUCGAUUAGAGUUUGGUCUGUGAUCAUUCCCAUGUUUACUUCUAAUUUCUUGCUUUUUGUUUUCCUUACAAUGCUACCAUCGUAUUUACGGACCGUGUUAAAUUUUGACAUAAAAGGCAGUGCAGUUUUAAGUGCCAUCCCAUAUAUGGUGAAAUUUCUUACUUUCCUGGUAGUUGGAUUACUUGCUGAUUGGGUAAUUUCAUUAGGUGUAAAACCCAUCUAUGUUCGUAAAUUAUGGACAUCGAUAGGAAUGUUUGUUCCGGGAUUGACCGCCAUCAUUGCAGCAUACAUGGAAUGCAACAUUGCAGUUGUUUUAUUACUUUUCACGCUGACUGUCGCCACCGAUGCCUUCAACACGGCUGGUUUCAAAACUGCAAUGAUUGAAAUGGCACCAGCAUUCGCAGGAAUCAUAUACUCAUUCGCAAACACGAUUGCCACAAGUUCUGGUUUUAUCGCUCCACAGGUAGCGGGAGGUUUACUCGAGUUGCACCAAGAUGAUCCGAUCCAAGGCUGGAGAUCAUUGUUCUGGUUGGCAUCAGUUGUUAUAUACGUUGGUGGCAUUUUUUUUCUUGUAUUUGGAACAUCAGACGUGCAGAAAUGGGCCAAGACCAAUGCAGAAAUAAAAAAGGAUAACAUACAGCAAGUUACAGAAGAAACCUCACAAAAUAGUGGUCAAAAAAUUAAUUUAUUGACCUAAAGUGUUGAUCCGAUGUUCGCCUUGUGUAUACUGCCACAGUCGUGUGUUAUUUUAUUCAGAAAUUCAAUUUAUCGUAUAUGUAUUGUAUUAUACACAAUUUUACGUCGAUCCCAUAAUUUAGAUUAUAUAUAUUUUAAUUUUAUUGUAAAACAAGAGAGCUAUGCUCAA